UGAGGAACGCAAGGCAGCAGUUCACAACAGUGUAAACCCUGCUACUAAGCCAACCUCAAGAUGAGUAUAGAAGCAGUUAGAAAGAAGAUGUGCAACGUUCGAUCAGUGACAGAACAAUAGUCUAAAAAAUUGAAUCCAUUAUUGGUUUCUAAUAAUUUUUUAGUGCAAAAGUAUUAUUUCAUUAUAAUAGUGAUGAAAAACAAAAAUCCAAGUCAUGAUAUAAUCCUGAUCCUUUAGAUUUAAGAAAUCUAAGUGAAAAAAGAAGAAGAAGAAUCACGUUCGUGAAGUAAUCAAGAAGAAUCACUCAAAGAUUAUUUCUGUGAAAAUGUGCAAUAUAUGUACAGAAAAUAUAUACAGAAAAAGACAGAUGAUAUCAAUUUGUGAAUAGAUUUCUUUUCGUAAUAAAUGCAAAUAUUUCAAGAAAAUUUUAACUUAGCAAGCAAAGAGACAGUAUUUUUCGUAAGUUAUAAAAUUAAUUAGUCAAUGAGUGCGAGAACGUGAAGUAGAAGAACUCCAUAAUCAAACGAAAACUAUCAGUUUAUAAAUUGAAAUAUCUACCAACGAAUUUGUGAAUCUCAUAAUAUAUCACAUAUACAUCAGCGAUAUUGACAUUGAUUAUUUACGUUCGUUAAGUAUGUAUGUUACGUUCGUUAUGUGUGCGUGUUAAGUUUGUAACAAUCUCGAACGAAUCGUCUAAACGUUAUGAAGAACUUAUGCCGAUUAAAAUGUUAAAACAUAGUUUAGAUCAAGAACAAGUAUCAUACAAUCCAAUCUCGGUCAAUUUAAACUCGGACGUAGAUUCAAACUACGGAUUCGACAUACAUUCAUCGUCUUUGCAUUCAAUGUAUCAUCCGUUCCCCAAUGUAAUGUCACCUGACGUUAUAGACGUGAAUGAUAUCAGGCAACGAACACCUGCGCAACAAGAGAUGCAUAUUAAGAGGCCUAUGAACGCAUUUAUGGUAUGGUCCCGUGAGAAACGGAAGUUGAUUUCCCAAGAGAAUCCAAAGAUGCACAAUUCGGAGAUUUCGAAGAUGCUCGGCGCAAUGUGGAAGGAACUCACCGAGGAAGAUAAAAUUCCUUAUAUCGAGAAGUCGAAGCGUCUGCGUAUUCAGCUCCUAAAGGAUCAUCCGGAUUACAAGUAUCGACCUCGAAGAAAAGCCAAAAGAGUGUCACUGGACCAAUCUCUAGCCAUAGGCUUACCUUCGAGACAUUGCACUAGUUUUUCUAUAUCGCCUUACAGUACGAUUGUCAAUCCUUCAGCCAUGGCUCAUGCGCUGCCCUACUAUCCGUAUCCCAGGUCAGCCCAUUUUAAAUUGAGAGACUCAGAUGCGUUGCCUACGUCAAUGGUUUCGGCUGAUGGCAAUAACAACGCGUCCUUGGACGUCAAUAGCUUAUAUCAACUUUAUUCUUCGAUGGCACCGGCAGUUGGUAAUCCGACAUUGGCGCAGCAUCACCUGAACUCAUUCUUCCCGACCAACCAUCAUACAUUAGGAACCAACAGUCUCCAUUCCCAUCUGAUGUUGCCCUCGACGUCCGAAGGUACAGGAAGCGAUAAAUCCAUCAACACUUACGAUGCUAACCCAUCACAAUUUACUUCGUUAUCGAUGCAUUCCCCUGAAGCACUGACACCGUCUGGGUCAUCUGCAUUGGAUCCUGAUUGGUACAGAUAUAACCCGGCUCCGUUUUCACGAUGAAAUAUGAAGACAUAAUAUGAUUAGGAUUAUCAUUGCCAUGUACCUGCAAAAAGCAAUAUAUACAUAGAAUAUUAAUUAUUUUUAUGAAUUACAUAAU